AAAACAGAGCAGGUCACGUGAUGCAUAUGCCGCGUUUCUAAACGCAAACAAUUCCUGCUGCAAUUAGCUAGCUGGCUGACUGUCUUAAGUUUAAAUUGUACUGUCUAUCAGUUUACUUAAACUGGGAUGGAAGUGGAAACAGCAAGACCGUAUUUUUUUGGUGACAUCGGUUUCUGGGCCGAGAGAACGGAGGUUCACAAGGCUGCGUAUGAGGGUGAGGUGUCGGUGCUGCAGGAUUUGAUUUCGAGCGGAGCAUCAGUAAAUAUCGUGGCUGUGGACUCCAUCACUCCUCUUCAUGAAGCAGCUGCUCGCGGACAGACGCAGUGUGUGAGACUUCUGCUGGAUGCAGGAGCUCAGGUUGAUGCAAGGAACGUGGAUGGCAGCACUCCGCUGUGUGAAGCCUGCUCCAUCGGGAACUUUGAGUGUGUGAGGCUGCUUCUGGAUUAUGGAGCAAAAGUCAACCCAACCCUCACCUCGCGGACCACUUCACCUCUUCAUGAGGCCUGCAUGGGAGGUAAUGCAGACUGUGUGAGGUUAGUGAUUGCUAAAGGUGCCAGUCUCGAGGCGUAUGACCUUUACCAUGGUACUCCUCUACAUGUGGCAUGCGCCAACCGACGACUCGAAUGUGUCAAGGUGCUAUUAAAUGCAGGUGUGCACGUCAAUGCCACUAGGCUCCAUGAGACGCCCUUACAUCACGCCGCCAGGACCAACAAUGUGAACAUGAUUGAGAUGCUGGUGGAAUUUGGUGCCAAUAUUUACGCCCGAGACAAAUAUGACAGGAAGCCAGUGGACUACACGAGGCCAAACACACCCUCAGCGCACUGCCUUCAGCUCUAUGAGAGUUCUCCUCUUUCUCUGCAGCAGAUCUGCCGUAUUACUCUGAGGACCGUCCUGGGCACCAAUGCUGAAGAUGUGGUGGGAAAACUGGAUAUUCCCAACCGUAUUAUCAGUUACCUCUUAUACCGAUGAAGCUCAAGUUCAGACUUCUGAAGGAGGGAAGGAGGUGUUUCGUUUGGGUUUACAUGACCGGACACAACAAUGAAGAGCAGUGGGGAACACCAAACGGGCAAGUGACAGAAACACGAUACCACACUUAAAAGCGACAUAUUAUACCACCUUUCAUGAGAUGUAAUAGAAAUAUCUGAUGUUCACAGGGUGUGUAUGUAAACUUCAACUUUAAAUAACCAGCAGAGCAUUUAUUAUAGCUUGUUAAUUUGGCUUUUAUUUGGGUGUGAGCAAAAACAAGCACUUUUAUGCGUGUCCCUUUAAAUGUAAAUUAGCUGCUGCUUUUCAGAAAAGGGCGGAGCCUUUAUAUGCUAUUUCAGCCCAAUCACAGAGAAAUGUAAAUAUUUUACAUAUUGUCAAUAAAAUGGUUCAUUCAUA